CCUCAUUGUUGUCUAAGUACUCUGGGAUUGUGGUUUGUAGGCUGGCUUUCUUUAUUUUUAAAAAACCACUUAUGAGUGAGUACAUGUGAUAAUUGUCUUUCUGUGUCUGGGUUACCUCACUCAAAACAGUGUUUUCUAGUUCCAUCCAUUUUCCUGCAAAAUUCAAGAUGUUAUUUCUUUCUGCUGUGUAGUACUCCAUUGUGUAAAUGUGCCACAUUUUCCUUAUCCAUUCUUCAGUUAAAGUACAUUUAGGUUGUUUCCAGGUUCUGGCUAUGACAAACAAAGCUUCUAUGAACAUAGUUGAGCACAUGUCCUUGUGGCAUGAUUGAGCAUCCUUUGGAUAUAUACCCAAAAGUGGUAUUACUAGGUCUUGAGGAAGGUUGUUUCCUAAUUUUCUGAGAAAUCGCCACACUGACAACUGAAGGGGCUGUACCUACCAGCAAUGCAGAAUUAUUCCCUUUUCCCCACAACCUCUCCAGCAUAAGUUGUCAUCAGUGUUUUUGAUCUUGGCCAUUCUUUCAGGUGUAAGAUGGAAUUUCAGAGUUGUUUUGAUUUGCAUUUCUCUGAUGACUAAGGAUGUUGAACAUUUCAUUAAGUGUCUUUCAGCCGUUUUAGAUUCCUCUGUUGAGAGUUCUCUGUUUAGAUCUGUACUCCAUUUUUUAUUGGAUUAUGUGAUCUUUUGGUGUCCAAUUACUUGAGUUCUUUGUAUAUUUUGGAGAUCAGACCUCUGUCUGAUGUGGGGUUAGUGAAGAUCUUUUCCCAUUCUGUGGGCUGUUGUUUUGUUUUGUUGACCAUGUCCUUUGCUUUACAGAAGCUUUUCAGUUUCAGGAGGUCCCAUUUAUUGUUUCUCUCAGUGUCCUUGCUGUUGGGUUAUAUUUAGGAAGUGGUUCCCUGUGCCAAUGCGUUGAAGUGUACUUCCCACUUUCUCUUCUGUAAGGUUCAGUGUGGCUGGCUUUAUGUUGAGGUCUUUGAUCCAUUUGGACUUGAGUUUUGUGCAUGGUGAUAGAUAUGGGUCUAUUUUCAUUCUUCUACAUGUUGAUAUCCAGUUAUGCCAGCACCAUUUGUUAAAUAUGCUUUCUUUUUUCCAUUUGAUAUUUUUUGCUUCUUUAUCAAAUAUUAGGUGUUCGAAGAUGUGUGGAUUGAUAUCUGGGUCUUCUAUUCAGUUCCAUUGGUCCUCCUGUCUGUUCUUAUGCCAAUACCAGGCUGUUUUCAGCACUGUAGCUCUGUAGUAGAGUUUGGAGUCUGGGAUUGUGAUGCCUGUAAUUGUUACUCUUACCCUCAGCCUUAACCCCUAACCCUAACUGUAACCAGCCCCUCCUACCUGCCCACAGUGUUAGGCAUGGGAAGACAGUAUCCACCUGGCGUGACUGAGGGCCUGUGAAAAUGGUGUGCACUGCAUUUCUGCUGCACAGGGCCAUCUGGAGUGGUGUAAGACUCAGCACCACUCCCAUGGGGAGGGAGAGUUUACCCGGCACAGAACAGCAGAGUCGCUCACCAGUAGGAAAGCUGCUGGGCUACGGGGAGCCUCCAGACCUCAAUGACUGUAGCUGCACUGCAAUGCGCGGUUCUCACCCACAGGCCCCAGCACACAUACCUCUAAAGGCCUAAAGCUAUGCACCUUCAGAUCCUAAUAUCUCUAAACUUCCCAGCCCCCAGGAUGAGCCCUCAUGCUGAUGCACAGAAUUUGAAUAAUUUAGGGCCCAGCACCCUCGGGUGUCAGUUUCAGUUGCUCUGUUCCCAUGGGCACUGCUGUGCCAGCCCUGCAAUUAAGCUAAUAAAACUGUCCAUGGAAGAAGGGCUACUCCCCUGUGCCUCAGACCCCUUAGUGCUGAUAGAGUGCUUGGCCCUGUUCUGAAAGCAGCAGGCUUGCUCCCUCAGAGGCCAGGUACGGGGAAUGGAUGCAGGGAGUGGAGGGGGGGGGCUGUAAAAGGAGAAGAAAAGAGAGUGGAAAGAAAGUCCAAAGGCAGAGGCCAAGAUCAUUACAGAGGAAGAAGCAAAUUGAGACGGAGGUAAUAGAAGUCACUGGGCACACAGACGGGCAGAAGCUGAGGCCAGAGAGGCUGGGAACAACAGAGGAAAACCGGCAGGUGCCAGGGCCCAGGUCUAGACUUAAGGGCAAGUACAAAUAGGAGGCUGGAAGCAAGAUCUCGAUCUCUGGUUUCCAGGUACUGUACACAUCGUCCCUGCCAGCUGGACCCGCUGUCCUACAUCUGUCCUGAAAACCUGCCACCCUCUGACUGUGGUAAGGCCAUGGGGACCAAGAGCCACCAUCUUGGCCUGGGAUUUCUGCUCCUUCUCUUUCUCCCUGCAGAGUGCCUGGGAGCUGAGGGGAGACUGGCUCACAAGCUGUUCCGUGACCUGUUUGCCAACUAUACCAGUGCCCUGAGACCUGUGGCAGACACGGACCAGACUCUAAACGUGACCCUGGAGGUGACACUGUCUCAGAUCAUCGAUAUGGAUGAGCGGAACCAAGUGCUGACUUUGUACCUGUGGAUCCGGCAGGAGUGGACAGAUGCCUAUCUGCACUGGGACCCCAAAGCCUAUGGUGACUUGGAUGCAAUCCGCAUUCCCAGCAGCCUAGUGUGGCGACCAGACAUCGUUCUCUAUAACAAGGCAGACACGCAGCCACCAGCUUCGGCCAGCACCAACGUGGUUGUGCGGCAUAACGGCGCGGUGCGCUGGGACGCACCGGCCAUCACACGCAGCUCGUGCCGUGUGGAUGUGUCUGCCUUCCCGUUCGACGCUCAGCGCUGCGGCCUGACCUUCGGCUCAUGGACUCACGGCGGGCACCAGCUGGACGUGCGACCCCGAGGCGCGUCUGCCAGCCUGGCCGACUUCGUGGAGAACGUUGAGUGGCACGUGCUGGGCAUGCCGGCGCGCAGGCGCGUGCUCACCUACGGCUGCUGCUCCGAGCCCUACCCGGAUGUGACCUUCACUCUGCUGCUGCGCCGCCGAGCUGCUGCCUACGUGUGCAACCUGCUGCUGCCCUGUGUGUUCAUCUCCCUGCUGGCGCCACUGGCCUUCCACCUGCCUGCUGACUCCGGGGAAAAGGUGUCUCUGGGCGUCACCGUGCUCCUGGCGCUCACCGUCUUCCAGCUGAUCCUGGCUGAGAGCAUGCCUCCCGCGGAGAGCGUUCCACUCAUCGGGAAGUACUACAUGGCCACCAUGACCAUGGUCACAUUCUCCACAGCCCUCACCAUCCUCAUCAUGAAUCUGCAUUACUGUGGCCCUAGUGCACACCCAGUGCCUGCCUGGGCUCGGAUUCUCCUGCUGGGACACCUGGCCAGAGGCCUGUGUGUGCGGGAACGAGGGGAGCCUUGCAGGCAGUCCAAGUCACUGCGGUCAGCCCCCAGCCCCCAGCCUCCAGAAGGUCUCCCAGCAGGCCCUUGUAAUGAGCCAUGGUGUCUGUGCCAUCAGGAAGCCCUUCUGCAUCAUGUGGCUUCCAUUGCCAGCACCUUCCGCAGCCACCGGGCUGCCCAGCGCUGCCACGAAGACUGGAAGCGCCUGGCUCGGGUGAUGGACCGCUUUUUCCUAGGCAUCUUCUUCUGCAUGGCUCUGGUCAUGAGCCUCCUGGUUCUGGUCCAAGCCCUGUGAGGGCCAGGAACUGGAUCUUAGGGAGCUUGGUCACCUCAACACCACCAGAUAGGAAUGACAAAACCUGGGUGGUUGUUGGUACUCAGAGUGCCGCUCAAAGUCAGGACCACCUCUCAGGACCAGCACUUCUGACCUGUGUGCCCUCACUGAGGGGAUCCAAAGUCUCUUUCUCCCUUCCCUCCAAUAUGAUUCAGGUCAAAGAGCAGACUUGGAAAUAAGAUUCAAUGUCAGCUGAGCAAGAUGGUGUACCCCUGUAAUCCCAGCACAUAGAGGCUGAGACAGGAGGAUUUCCAUGAAUUCAAGGGCAACCUGAGCUUGAGAAAACUUUGUCUAAGAAAUAAAUAACCACCCAUGUCCACACUUGGAAUUAUAGCUGUUAGCAGGGCAAAUUCGGGUUAUUUUUAUUUUGUUGAGACAGAGUACCACUAGGUACCUCCUGCUGGCCUGAAGCUUGCUAUGUAGCCCAGGCUGGCCUUGGAUUCACUCUCCAAAGGCACUUGCUGGCACGUGCUACCACUCCCGGCUAGAGUGUAGACUACUUGCUAAGGGACAAAGGCACACAUGCGCAUGCCAUCCUUAGCAGCUGCAGAUGCUCACCCUGCUCAUCUCUGCGAAGGCUCUAGGGGGUAGAAAUUCAUGGUCUGGUGUCCGCAAGGGAAGGCAAUAUAAACUUUUAUUCCAGAGCUUCAAUCCAUAAUAAAUGAGAGUGUGCCCAGCACCUCCUCCGUGUCUCGUCUUCUCCUUGGGGCCACAUCCAGAAGUUGGGGGUCCAGGUUUGUCUUUAUAGAUAGAAAUCUUAGGACACACAGAUCAAUGCAAAAAUUAUAUCUUUUUUAAAAAUCAUAUUUGUGUGUGUGUUUGCUCUUGCACCAGGGUACAUUUGUGGAGGUCAGAGAACAAUGUGGGUAGUUGGUUCUCUCCCUCUGCCAUAUGGGACCCAGGGUUCAAACUCAAGUUGUCAGCUUUAGUAACAAGCACCCUUACUUGCUCAACCAUCUUGCUAGCCAAGAAAUUACUUUUCUGGUAACAACAGUAGCAAAAAAAAAAAAAAAAAGUGAUUAGGAUUUCACAGGACCCUGAGAGAGGGCCUAAAACUUUCUCUGUCAUUCCCCUGCUGCCCCUCCUUAUAGUUAGCCACAGCCACCUGUUCUCACCAGUGACGUUUAGAGAGCUCAUCAGUAGCCCAGGUAGGUGGAGUGCAGGUGUCUCCACUCACAGGAUUGGUUGCUUUCUUACCUUCACACAGCUUCUGGCACUUUUUUUGUGUCUUCUUCCCAGACCUUACCCAUAAGAAACUCACAGCCUGAGGCCGGGUGGUGGU